AUGACUUCAACUCAACUCUCUCAGUUUACACAUACACAUAUGUUUUCAAUUCCUCAAAUCCCAAAAAAUCCUUUCCCUUUUACUAUUCCUUUAUAUAAAAAUAAUAAAAUUUCUAGUCUUUCUAAAUCAUUGGAAACGCGAAAAGACCCUAAUUUCUUAGAUGUUAGAAAUAAUAAUUUAGAUAAUAUUUCUAGUUCUAGUUCUUCACGAUCUCUACCACGCGUCGUUUUUAGUGCUCAAUUUUCACCUCAGAGACCUAUUUCUCCUAGUGAGUUUUCAUCAAGUCCGGCUUCAUAUAGUUCUGCUGAAGAUGAUAUCGGUUCUAAUGAACAAGAUGCAAUAUCAACUCUUGCAUCUUUGGCUAUAGUUGCGAGAAAAUUUCAUCAUCAUCCUUCUCCUGCUUUUUCUGUUGCCAGUAGCGUCGGCUCUAGUCCGCCGUCAAGUCCAUGUCCUGCGAGUCCUCGUCGUUCUUCUAGAAAACCAAAACCAAGUAAUCGAUCUAAAGAUCAAAUACUGGGUAAACGACGUUUAUCCGGACCUGCUACGCGUCUAAGAAAGCAUAAAUCAGUUAUUUCAGAAGAUGAUGAAAAAGAACUAUAUUAUCGUGAGCGUGCUGCGCCAAUACCUGAUGCUCUUGAUGCACCUUAUACUAAACCGAGACGUAUCCCAUUAACUAACGCUCAUGGAGUUAUUGGUUGUGGUGGUUAUAAUUCUAUUCCUUCCAAAAAUCCCAAUUAUCCUGUUCCUCCUUCAAAAACUUCCAUAAUAUCCACAUGGUCAUCUUAUCAACGUAAAAUUUUCCUCGCUUCUUAUUUAGAACAUGGAAAAGAUUUUGGUUUAAUUGGUAAAAAAGUACAUAAAACUACAGCUGAGGUCGUGGAGUUUUAUUAUCUAAUUAAACAUACACCUAAAUUCAGAAUGGCAAAGUCUAUGAAAAAAGAAUUGGAACUAUAUGAAGAAGACCUUAGUAAGUUUGAUGCUCAG